AUGGCGAAACUCGUUGUUGUCACCGGCAUAACUGGCGUUCAGGGCAGCUCUGUCGCUGAUACCUUUCUUCAAGACCCAGCAUACACCAUUCGCGGUGUAACUCGCAAUCCCGAAUCCGACGCUGCUAAAGCAUGGGUAGCUAAAGGUGUUGAAAUUGUUCAGGGCGAAUUUGGUGAUGUCAAGUCUCUCGAGCGGGCUUUUCAGGGUGCCAAUGUCAUAUUCGGUGUUACUGAUUUCUGGAACAUUUGGGGAAACCCUCGUACCCAACAACUAAAGAAGCCCAACCAGGAGCUUGUUGAGUACUGUUAUGAAGUUGAGCUGCAGCAUGGCAAAAAUCUUGCUGAUGCUGCAGCUUCGGCGGCUUUGACUCUGGGAAGAUACGUUUUCAGCUCCAUGGCUGAUGCUACAAAGUCGAGCGGUGGGAAGUACACCAAGCUGUACCACAUGGACUCAAAGGCUCACGCUGCUACAUACGCACAGAGUCUCCCAGCACUCAAAGACAAGUUCUCUCAGGUUCAAGCUCCGGUCUACUUCCAAGUUGGAACCGAGUGGGGACUACCAAUCACGCCAAAGAAGCAACCAGACGGUACUUAUCGAAUGAUUGGCCCUGGUGCUGGCCACAAGCCAAUUCCGUUCGGAAAUGUGCAAACUGAUCUUGGUCCCUGUGUCAAAGCUCUGGUCGAACAGGCGCCGCCCAACACGAACCUCUUCGCCGUGGGCGAAUAUCUCUCCUGGACAGACUAUCUCUGCAUUUUUUGCGAGACGCAAGGCGUCAAGUACGGAGGCUUUGACGAGCUCUCCUAUGAAGAGAUCAACGAGCUUCUACCGGGCGGCCUCGGCCACGAGUUUGGACUCAACGUCUUGUUUGCAUUUGAUUUCGGGUAUGAGGGUACAGAACCAGGGAUUGUUGGACCGGGAAAGUAUGGAAUUAGAAUGACAUCGUUUAGGGAGUACUGCGAAAAGAGCGAUUUCUCCGCUGCUUUGAGCAAAUGA